UGAAGUGUACACAGUUUAAGCGCAGAGUGAAUCCGUCAGUGCAGUGAGUUACACGCUCAAACGCUUCUGUUUACACUGUGUACUUUGAUGUAUAUUGAAUUCUAGUGCUGCUUGUAAACCAUGAUAAUCCUACUGAUCUGGGUAGUGGUACUCAUUGCUGUGGUGGUUCUAUACCUGAAGCAGGUCUACUCCACAUUCAGCAGACAUGGCAUCAAGCACUUUAAACCAGUUCCAAUACUGGGUAACAUGGGCAAAGUUGUCUUUAGACAACAUCACUACGCAUGUGACUUUAUAAAUCUGUAUAACAGCUUUCCAGAAGAAAGGUUCGUGGGUAGAUUUGAAUUUUUAACUGAGUCAGUAAUGAUCCGGGAUAUUGAGUUGGUGAAGAAAAUCACUGUCAAAGACUUUGAACACUUUUUGGACCACCGAACUUUUGGAGAGAACACAUUUUUUGCCAGAACUUUGUUCUUUUUGAAAGGUCAAGAAUGGAAAGACAUGCGUUCGACAUUGAGUCCAGCGUUCACCAGUUCAAAGAUACGAUUGAUGGUGCCUUUCAUGGUAGAGGUUGGUGACCAGAUGAUUUUGUCUCUCAAGAAGAAAAUCAAGGAUGCGGAAGGUGGCUAUGUAGAUAUAGAAUGUAAGGACCUUACAACUCGCUACGCCAACGAUGUGAUAGCCUCCUGUGCUUUCGGUUUGAAGGUGGACUCUCAUACAGAUGAGGACAACCAAUUCUAUGCUAUGGGCAAAACAGCGACCACUUUCAACUUUCGGCAAAUGCUGAUGUUUUUCCUUCUUAUCAAUGCACCUCAACUCGUUAAGUUCUUUAAGUACGAUAUGAUAUCGGAACCCAUCAAAAAGUUCUUUAGGAGCUUGGUACUAGAUACAAUGAAGGAUCGAGAUUUGCACAAUAUAAUUAGACCUGAUAUGAUUCAUCUGCUUAUGGAAGCCAAGAAAGGACAACUAUCACACGAAGAUGUUAAACCCAAUGACGAAGCUGCAGGAUUUGCAACUGUCGAGGAAUCUGCAGUUGGCCAGAAGGAUCUCAAUCGAGUUUGGAAAGACGAUGACUUAGUAGCCCAAGCUUUCUUGUUCUUUGUGGCUGGCUUUGAGUCCAUCUCGUCUACCAUGACUUUCCUAUUGUACGAGCUGGCUGUCAAUCCUGAGGUACAGGAACGCUUGGCGAAAGAAGUCAGGGAGUAUGACAAUAAUAAUGGUGGGAAAUUUGACUUCAAUUCUAUACAGAAUAUGGCGUAUAUGGAUAUGGUUGUUUCGGAACUAUUGAGACGUUGGCCGCCGGCAGUGGCUAUGGAUAGAAUGUGCAACAAAGACUAUAAUAUGGGCAAACCAAACGAGAAAGCAGAGAAAGAUUUCAUUCUUCGUAAAGGAUGUGGCAUUCAAAUACCGACAUUCGCCUUUCACCAUGAUCCUAAAUUUUUCCCUAACCCUGAGAAGUUUGACCCUGAACGUUUCUCUGAAGAAAAUAAGCACAAGAUCAACCCACUUACGUACAUGCCUUUCGGGUUUGGACCUAGGAAUUGCAUUGGAUCAAGAUUUGCUCUCUGCGAGCUGAAGGUGAUGACAUACCAGAUCCUACGGCACAUGGAGCUGUCUCCCUGUGAGAAGACUUGCAUUCCUGCACAACUUGCUACUGACAACUUGAACCUGAGACUGAAAGGAGGACACUGGCUUAGAUUUAGACUGAGGAUGUAGAUUAAGAUGACUGUGAACAUAUUACUUGAUGAGUUUUAUUGUUUAGAAUUUUAUAAUUUUGUAACCAAAUAAAAAUAAUAGGAAUAGCUUUUUCAUAA